AUGUUUUGUUUUGUUUUUUGUUCUCGGCCAUAUCCAUGCGUAGUUUUUGUGGUACCAAGACAACUGGGCGACUACACUUAUGAAGAACACUUGAUGCGGAAAGCCGCCUUAAAAGAUGUCCCAAAGCGGAUUUUUUGCCCAAAAGGUUGCGGUCGUAACUAUAAACGGUUGGAACACUUGAAGCGGCACAUAGGAUACGAGUGCGGUGUUGAACCGAAGUAUCAGUGUGAAAUAUGUGAACGUAGAUUUGUGUACAACUUUAGCAUGAAGAAGCACAUGUCACUCGUUCACAAACGAUCAUCCGUGUAUCCUGCUUACCCUAUCCGUCGUCCCAGACAACAAUGCUUAACCAUCACUGAAAUAGUUUCUCCUGAUAAUUCUCGCUGUGCCGAUGAGUCCAUUGCAAUGCCGCUAAUGUAUCGCUGUCCAAAAAAUUGUGGUCGACGAUAUACACGAAAAGAUUCAAUGAAUCGCCAUGUAACAUAUGAAUGUGGUGUUGAGCAUCAGUUCAAAUGUAGUUUUUGUAAUAAGACUUGUGCUCAAAAGUAUAAUCUUAAAAAGCAUAUGAUCACUUAUAAUAAGGAAAUUUUUGUUUUUAUUUUAGAACAAAGAAUUAAAUCAAAACCAAAAUUAGACACAGUCCCAGCAUUAUCAGCAACUAACAUUACUCUACCACCAGAAUCAAAAAAACAAGAACCAAAGAAAUGUUCUAUAUCUGUAACUAAAACAGAAAGUUGUUAUCGAUAUGAGAUGUUUUGGCUGACCAAAUUGGAUCAAGUUGUAAAAUACAAUCCUUCAAUCUGUCCAAAAAAUUGUGGUAGAAAAUUUGGAGGAAAAAAUCGAAAAAACUUUAUGUUAAAAAAGAAUGAUUUGUAUGCUAAUGAAAAUCCUGUGUAUUGUCCGAAAAACUGUGGACGGUGUUACAAAGGUAUGUGGCGUAAAUACAACUUGCAAAAACACUUGAAAUUUGAGUGUGGAGUAGCACCACAAUUCAAAUGCCUAGCCUGCCCGAAAAGUUUCUCAUUGAAAGCAAAUUUGAAAAUGCAUAUGAUGGUUGUUCAUAAAAUAAUUUUAGGAUCUAAUCACAAUACUAUGAUGUCAUAAUAGUUAUUGAUCGUUAUGUAUCUCGACUUAAAUCACAUAAUAAUGAAUGUUAACUUUUUAGUGCCAUAUAUACAAUAUAUAAUACAAAAUACAUUUUACCAAUUAAUUUUUAGUUAGUAUUGAAUUACUGUUUUGUUUUUUUUUUCAAAUAUAUAUUUAAAUUAAAUGUCAAAAAGUGUAAAUUAACACUGUUUGUUUAUUUAAGGUAUAUAUUAUUAUUAUUAGUAUUUUUAUGGGAACGAAAAUAAAAUUCCAGAUAGCAACAUACUGAUAAUAUUUUAGAAAUUAAGCUCAAUUCAAAUUUUGUAUGAGAUAAAAAUGUUAUUAUGAUGUUGAAUAAUUUUAGAAUUUUAGAUUUUGUUAUAGUUACCAUAUUAUUUCUUUAGAUAAGAAAUUUGGUAGUUACUCAUUUGAUUUCUGUUUAUAUUAGUUACCAAAAAUAAAUAUACAGUACACAUAUAAACAUGUAUAUUAAAAUGUUUUGUUUAUUAUUAUUUAUUAUGUUCAAAUUAUCUUAAUGUUCACUUUGUAAACUUUUAAUACUUAUUUAUAAGAUAUAGGUAUCAUAAGUUAUAUCUUUUUAUCAAAUUUAGAAUUAUUGAUGAAUAUGUGUGAAUAAAAUAAAAUUUAAAACUAUAAACAUGUAUAACAUGUUUUACAUACCUUUUUACAUUGUGCAAAAUAAUUAAUGAUAUGGUUUUUUUCAGUUUUAAUCAUAUGAUUUAAUUUUAAAAUAAAUAGAUAUCCAUAUUAUAAGUAUGUUGAUAUUCACUCUUGACAACAAUUAAUAAAUUUAUUAAAUCUAUUCAUAUUUUGUACUUAUAUUGGUAGAUAGCUAAUUAAUUUUAUUAGAAAACUGUUAUUAUAAUUAUCAUUGAACAUUUUAUUUUGUAUAAUAUGAUAUAUGUAAGAUAUUGUUGAAAAGUACCUAUUUACUGAUACCUAUGAACAACUGUAUUUCAGUAUCACAGACUUAUAUUAAAAUAUUUAAUUUUUUGAAAAAAUGUUAUCACAAAUAUAGGCUAUUUGUAUAAUACAAAUAAAAUAUAACAUUCCGUUUCACAUUAUUAAGUAAAGCUUGGUUAAUUACUCACCAUCACGUUUAAGAAAAACAUAUAAAUAGUAGCUUUGCUUAAAAAAAAAAUCUCCCUGUUCUAUAACCUUUUAUUAGUACCUAUUACGUUACUUUUUUGGUACCUACUGUCACAAUGCAUGUUUUCAGAUCAAAAUUUACUAUUACGUCGCGUAGAAGAGGCUGCAUUAUACGAUCCGGCGUAUUGUCCAACCAAUUGUGGCAGGUUUUAUAAAGGUCAACAUCGAAAAAUAAAUCUACGUCGACACAUAUUUGAGUGUGGUGUACAACCAAGAUUUCCUUGUACAAUAUGUAAAAAACGGUUUUUCCGAAGUUAAACUGUAUGAAAGAUUACUCUUGGAAGAUCCUGUUUUUUGUCCAUAUGCUUGCGGCCGGUCUUAUAGUGGAAAAAACCGUAAGGGUAAUCUGAAAAGGCACUUAUCAUUUGAAUGUGAAGUGACAUCUUUAUUCAAAUACAGUUGUGAUAUUUGCUUAAAAAAAUAUACAAGAAAAGAAAGUUUAACAGUCCAUAGAGUAAAUUCACACAAUGUCCAUUAAAAUAUAGAUUAUUAAAUAGCUUGACAAUAAAAUAAAAUGUAAAUAUUAAAUUUUAUAUUUUAAAAAUUUUUAAAAAGUCAUUAUACUGCAUGUCACUUAACAAUGUUGAUUUUUCCAUACAAUGUGAUAUCAGUAUGGCAUGACAAUAAUUUGAUUCGCGCAGUUUUUUUAAAUGGUGUACUUCAAAGUAUGUCAUAAUAUAUGCGACUUGCCCCCAAUACUAAAGCCUUAUGUUAUGUGGACUCGUAUUUGUCGUUUUGUUAAGUUUUUUAUGUAGACCUCCUUAAACAAUUUAAUCAUAGAAGUAUAAUUCAAUCUUUAAUUAAAGCAAAAUUGAAACUACUUUACACAAAUUUUCUAUGUUACACGUUGGUAAGACAAAAACAUGAAGUACGGGUAUAUGAUAUCUUCUUAAAAAAUAUUAACUACAUCAAUUUAAAUUUAACAUAUGUUACAAUGUUUUUAUAAUGCUAUGUAAUGUAUGUCAAGGACUCAAUAUUUUGUGGAUAUACAUACACUAGGAAGUCAUAUAACUCUUCUUCAUAUUUCUUGUAUUACAAUUUUAGUAUAUUAAUAAAACAGAUUAGUUCAUCAUAAUGCAAUUUUCGGACAGUGUCUCCAGACACUAUUCAAUAUUAUUUCCAAAUGGUUAUGGUCAAUCUCAUAAUGGAAAAUAUUAUAUAUAUGACCUCAAACAUUAUGAUGCUAUAUUGUAAUAUUCAGCUUUCACAAUAUUAAUGUGAUAUUUGCAUAAAACAAUUAAAGUCUUAUCAUUAUUUAAAUUUCCAUUUAGCCUAUGUUUAUAUUAUUAUAAAUUAUUAAGCAAAAACUUUAUGUACUUAAGUAAAAACUCUUUUAUAAGAAUACAAUUUUUAUUUUAAAUAUAUUAUUAAAGAGUUAUUAAAAUAUUACCUAAAUGUUUUGAAAAUAUUGAUGGCUUCACAAGUGGCAUAUUUAGACAUUUUUUAAAGAAUAGAAUUUUAUUUUUAAGUUGUAAAGAUGAAUAAUAAAUGUAUAGUACUGUUAAUAAUAUAAAAUUAACUAAUUAAAAUUUAAACCUAAGUAUAAAAAUGUAAUUCAUACAAAGAUAAAUCCCAAAGACCCUUACAUAAAUAUACAAAAAGCACGAUAAAAACCAAAUGUAGUAUAAACGCUGCAGCAUUUUAAAUUAAUUAUAUUUUGUUAUUGAUAAAAAAUAACUUAAAUAUCUAUUAUAUUUUCAGCUAAUUACGUGAAUCAGACUUUUGGAAAAGAUUCACUGUCUUGUCCAAACGGUUGUGGUCGAUCCUACACAGGUGCAAACCGCAAAAACAAUCUGAAACACCAUUUGAAUUAUGCGUGUGGCAUUAAUCCACAAUUUUAUUGUAAAUUUUGUGGUAAACAAUUCAGGCAAAAGCGAUCAUUAAAAUAUCAUUUAGCCACUAUUCAUAAAAAAUAUAUAUAUUAAAAAUUAUAUAUUCUUGUAAAAUAAACUUUGUAUUUAAAAUUGUUA